AUGCGGAAAUGAGGCGGAGAGAAAUGUUUUUGAUGCGGACAAAGAAUUUCCAGACUUUCUCUUCUAAUCAGCUGCAGUCGAGAUCUGUGUGGUGGAAGGACAUUCAUGGAGUGGACAGAGUCGCUGUUGAUGAAACUAGAUGCCGGUUUAUCUGCUCACAUUAAAUAAGUCUCAGCAUGUUCUUCAAGAAUACCGAGGAUCAGAUGGAGCUGAGGGACAAAGGGACAGAUGGCCAAAGUAAUGUUCCUUUACUUCAUUCACUGCCCAUCCAGAGGACAGGCGACUAUGUACUGGUGGCCAACAAAGUGGAUGAUGACACCAACCAGAGGUCCCUGAGGCAGAGAGCCUUUCUGGAAGAGCUAAAAAAGAAAAACAUUGCAGUCACAGAAAUAAAGUUUGACGAAAAAAUAUUUUUCGGCCUGCGUGUUCCCAGUAAGAUACUUGAGAAUUAUCAAUACCUACUCAAAGUCUCAGACUCCUGCAACUGUUGGAGAGAAGAGAAUGGAAUCAGCCAGGCUAACAAGAUCCGAAUUGUAAACUUCAUUCUAAAUAACACCUUCAUCAACACAGGAGAGAACCUGGAGGAGCUGAUGAGGAAGGAUGUGUUUGAAACUAUGUUCUGUCUUCAUGAGAAAAAGGACCAGAAGUAUCUGCAACAGAAGUGGGCUCGAUGGUCGGCUCUUUUUACAGAACAACCAUUCAAUGACAUCAAGUGUUACUUUGGAGAGAAGGUGGCGCUGUACUACCUGUGGCUUAGCUGGUACACCAAACUGCUGAUUCCAGCUGCUGCUGUGGGCGUAGUCAUCUUCCUCUAUGCCCUGGCCUUUUUCAACACCAGCCCUCUCAUCAAGGAGGUGUGUGACUCUAAUAUCACCAUGUGUCCUCGCUGUGACGGUAACAAAGCACAAAGCAGGUGCAAAGCAUGGCAGCUCUCAGACACGUGCACCUAUGCUAAGGUCAGCCAUUUGUUUGACAAUGAGGGUACUGUUGCAUUUGCUAUGUUUAUGGCAAUCUGGGCCACAUUUUUUCUAGAGCUGUGGAAGAGACACAGAGCCACAUAUGUAUCUAAGUGGAAUGUCUAUGACUGGUGUGAAGAAGAGGAGGAACUAAUCAUGAAAAUAGUCAAUGAUCCAAACUGUCCACCCAAAGAGUUUAGGCACUCUUACCUACGCAGCACUCUGGUCCUCAUCCUAGUUACAGUCAUGCUGAUGCUGAUCAUCGGUGUAACUCUUGCCAUUGUGGUGUUUCGAGUGGUGGCUGCCCCCUCUAUAUCGAAAAGCGAGUGGAAAUUUAUGAAAGACCAUGCCAGCACUUUGGCUGUGAUGCUGGGAGCAGUGCUGCAUUACGUCACCAUGCAAAUCAUGACCCGGGUUAACAGAUGGGUGUCCCUAAAACUGUGUGAACUAGAAAAGCUGAACUCACUCGCUGCCACAGAGAGAAGCUUCACAGUCAAGAUGUUUACAUUCCAGUUCUUCACUCUCUUCUCCUCUCUCUUCUAUGUGGCUUUUUUUCUGGGAAGAAUAAACGGCCAUCCAGGAAACUACGUGCGUCUUGCAGGGUACAGACUGGAAGAGUGCCAUCCAAGUGGUUGUUUAACAGACCUCUUUAUCCAAAUGGCAGUUAUCUUGCUGCUCAAACAGACUCUCAACAACAUCUUUGAGUUCACUGUGCCUUUGGUCAAGAUCUUUGUGAAAAAGAAAUCCUCAAAGCUGCUGAGGAGAAAGUGUGGUCGCUGUUACAGGAAGGCUUGCCGUGAUGAGUCGGGAAGUGUUGAACCAUGUGAUAUUUGCAAAAUCCAAGACUGGCUGAGAAACUACAACCUGGAUAACUCGGAUGCCUUCAGCCUGUUUAAUGAGUUCCUGGAAAUGGUGAUCCAGUUCAGUUUCACCACCAUAUUUGUGGCAGCAUUCCCCCUGGCACCCCUCCUGGCUCUCUUAAACAACAUAUUGGAGAUCCGCCUGGACGCCAUCAAAAUGGUCCGCUUGGAGCGGCGGCUUAUCGCCAGGAAGACCAAUGACAUUGGAGUGUGGACGAAGAUCUUGGAAGCUAUUGGUGUACUGGCCGUGAUUGCUAAUGGCUUGGUCAUCGGAAUCUCUUCGGACUUUAUUCCUCGUCUGGUUUACCGUUACCGUUACGGCCCAUGUGCCAGUGGCAGCACUUCCACACACUGUAUGCAAGGCUACAUUAAUGACACUCUGGCCAUAGCCUUUAUGAGUAACGACAACCGAGAUGAAUUUAUAUUUCCAAAACAGAGAAAUCUCUUUAACAUCACUGAGUGCAGCUACAGAGACUACAGGAACCAGGACAACUCUCUGACCUCUCAGUUCUGGCUUGUCUUGGCUGUACGCUUUGUCUUUGUCGUUCUCUUUGAGCAUGUUGUGGUGCUGUGUAAGUUUGUCGCAGCUUGGUUUGUUCCGGACAAUCCCAUUGGGGUUAAGAAUAAACGCUUGAAGGAUAAACUGGAUCGACUCAAGGAGGAAUUACGAGAAAUGAAAACUGGCAAAUCAACAGAAGUGUGACCUUAACAGCAAUUGAGUGCCUUGUUGCUGAAAAGCGCUGUAUAGACUUGACUUGACUUAACUGACCUCAGCGCUGCUUCCUCUCAAAGGCGCUUUAAAGGAAAAGAUGAAUUCAUGCUUUUUAUUAAUUUAUACCUGUUCUUGGAACACUGUAACUCCGAUUAAUGUGAGAUUUUUGUCCACGAAUAUUACUAAAAACAGCUUCAGGCUUUGUUUUAUUGUGAAAUGUAAAAACUUUUAUUUUUUAAUGUUAGUAAUUUGUUGCACAGUUGAACUUUUAACAGCUUAAAGUUGUUUAAUCGUUGUUUUUCUCUCAGGUUUGUUGGAAAGAGCAAACUGCUGGGUAUUUUUAUUUCAAUGUUUGUAGCUGAACAAGCAACUUAAUGUAAUAGUCAACACAUUACCUUAAGAUAAAUGUGGAGCCAUCUCUUCUUUUUUUCAGUGUGCAGCAGUUAAACAUGUCUUCUUAUGAAAUAAAUUAAUCUUGCUCUCAGGUUAUUUUCAUGUUAGCUGUAUAUUUUAUGCACUGUUAUCUAAGGAAUAAAUAAUUGGGAAUACAUGGAAAAAUACUAAUUCCGACUCAAUGAAUGAAUUAUACAAAACCCAGGAAUCUUCAUAUACAUGUAGUUAGGCUGGAAGAAGGCUGCAAUGGAUUUAUAAACUGCACCAAUCAUCACUUCCUUCUCUCUAACACAUCUACGUUCCUUUUUGGGAAGCAAGUUUAGUAACAGUUUUAAGUUACCACUCUUUAGGAAUGCUCUGGAUCCUCCAUACCAGAAGGAGAGAUCUAACUCUGAAUACAUCACCAUAAAGAUUUUUCAUCAUCCCAUGGGAGCCUUGUUUUUGUUUAUUUUCAAACUUUCCAACACAUAGUAAAGGACACACCUUGGAGUUAAUCUCCGGCCUUAGCAUCAUCGUGGACAAUAAUUCAGUUGAACAGCUCCCUAUUUCUGAUCAUUUUUUCCUCUUAUUUGCUGCCUCAUUUUUUCCCUACUACCAUUAAGACACCUUGCCUUGUGUGGUAAAAUGGAUGAACUCCAUUUGCCUAGUUCCAGCUAGAGAUUUUACCACUUACCUGUGUUCAAGGAACUAAAGGAGGAGGUGUGGCCUAACCUCCUGUAUUUGGGGGUUUCAGGGAAGUGAUGUCACAGGAAGGUACCAGGUGAAGAGGGGAGAAGAAACUGUUAAAGUGUGAAGUGAACUUUGGGGUUAUGUUUAUUAGUUUUGAUGUGUUAGAGUUAGGAUAUAAUUGUUAAACCGUAAACACAGGGUUGUUGCUAGAUAGAAGUAGCUUCAGUGAUUUGACAUUAUUUCUCAUGUUGGAAUAUACCUGUAAGAUGGAAGAUUCCAUUUCAGUUAAUUGUGUUUGGAAGGGCAUGAAGGUAUUUAAGCAGAUCAGGAAAGAAGUUAAGGAGGGAGGACCAGGUCAGGGUAGCUGUGUGCACGUGACGUUAAUUUUGGUUGGUUUGAGUAUAGUUAUGUUUAUUUUGUCACUUUUAAGUUUAAGUCAUUUUUGUACAUAUUUGUGGUUGCUCUUUUUGUAAAUAAACCACCUGCUACACUGGA